GGGCGGGGCUCGGACAUCGCCCUGGCACCCCAGAGACUUGGAAGCUGCCCAGACCCAGCUCCCCCGCAAGGUACUGUGGGCUGGUGACAUGGACUCUCUGGGCCUCAGUUUACCUCUCCAUAAAAUGGCACUGUGAUCCACACUAGGACCAUGAUGGGAAAAUUCCAUAUUCGGUCAUAGGCAGCAGGUUCCCCCUUCUGAUAGACGGUCAGGGCAAGGCCAGAACUUGAGCUGUUGCCCAAGGACUUCCUCGAGACAGGUGCUGGGUUCCCAGCCUGCUCAGGGCCCUGCUGAAUUGGCCUGGCCCUCCUGUGCUGUGACCCAGCUCAGCUGGCCGGAAAGCUCCUCCCUGUGAAUGUAUAUACAUACAUACACACACACACACACACACACACACUCCUAACGCUGAGAGUCCACCAUUAGAGCCCUGUGCACUGAAGUCAACCAGGCCAAGUGGUAUAGGGAGAAAAGAACCAGCUUGACUGAGCACCUCAAGUUCCUUCUGUCCCCUCUGCAACCCUGGGAGAGAAGCACCCUUUCUGAUCCCAUUGCCCAGCGGAGGAAACUGAGGCUCAGAGAGGAGACACCAGUUCUCCUGGUUCAGUACGUCUGGGGGCCAAGUCAGGGCCAGCUUUGCCAUCAGAGUCUGUUGAGGGUUUGAGCCACUCUCUGCGAUGGCGGGGUCUCAGGAUCUUGCCCCUGUAUGGGAGAGAACAUCAGGGAUAUAGUGGGCGCCUCACACAGCUUGGUCAAAAGUUCAGGGAGGGGACAGAUGUACAGGUCAGUGAUGUCUAGAAUUUGAUGGCCCAUCAACCAUUUACACCUUAGUAUGAAUGAGCUGCUCAGACUCUUCCCAUGGGCCUUUAGUGGGGAGAAGAGAGAACACUUUGGAGCCCACACUGGGAGCUGGGCAACAGGCAGGUACCUUCAUUAAGCAGGCAUCUACUCUGUGCCAGGUGCUAAGGGCAUAGCUGUGAAAAGAUGAACAUAGUUUCUCCCUCAUGAGGCUCUCAGUCAGUUCUCAGGAAGUAGGCAAUGAACAAGGGAAUGGACAAACAAGACACAUUCAGACGGAGACCUCUUAAUCUGGUGUUUGAGCCAAGGCCUGAGCAGAGCUAGGGGAAGGGAAGCACCAAGCAGAGGGAGCUGCACAUGCAAAGGUCCUGAGGCAGGACCAAGAUUUUUAAAGCCCCUGUGGCUACCUUGGGGGAAGAAAGGUUGGCUGGGGACAGGAGACAGGAAUGGAGGUGGCAGAGGCAGGGAAGUGGCUAGGGCAACAUCUAGGUGGGAGAUGGUGGGGCCUGGACCAGGCUGGGGUGUCCAAUGGGAGGCAGAGACUGUGUCGCCCCCAUUUAGCUGAGGAGAAUCUCGGCUUGGGACCUCAAAGUGUGUUGUCCAGAGGCACCCUGAGAGAGAGUGUCAGGCCAGAUCUGACUCUGGGUCCUUGGCCUCAGCCUCAGGUGAGGACAAGAUGAGGGAAGGGACCUGUUGAGAGCAGAUAAGCCAGUUUUACCAGGAGGAAAUAGAGGCAGAGAGUUUGGGAUUCUAGCUGAGUCCACUGGCCCCUUGCUUGCCACCAGGGGGCAGCAGAGCCCCCGUUGACUUGGGCCAGGCAAGGAAAUGGGUACCUGCCUCCUCUGCUCCAAGGGGAAUAAGCCCACAUUUGUCCCCUUGGCCUCCAAGGCCCUGUGGGUCCAGCUCCUGUGAUGAACCACCCCCCCGCCCCGCGUUCUCCCAUCCACCUCUCCAGUGCUCACCCUAUUCUAGCCAUGCGGCUUCCUGGACUGCCAGAAUAUAAGCUGGCCAGCCUCAGGGCCUUUGCACUUGUUGCCCCCCCUGCCCAGAGCUCCGCUUUCUCUGUUUACUCCUUUAUUCAUUUGUCAAGUAUCCAUCAAGCUCUCAGAUAGGAAGCCUUUCGUGUCUAAACCUCCCCGCCCCUGCCCCACCCCACCAUAAGGGCCCCCAAGCCCCAGUUGCAUCCAUUAUGCACAUCCAUUUCCCUCAUCCUGACCCCAUCAUGGUUGUGAUUUCCAUGUUUUCUUGUGUGAUUAUUGAGUUGUUUUUCUCAUCCAAAGGUUUGAGAGCCCCCUGAAAGCCUGACCUGGAUCUGUCCUGGUCAUCCUAUAGCCUCAGGCAGGGCCUGCUAUACAUCAGGUGCUCAAUUAAUGCUUGUGGCACAGACAAAUGGGAAGCAGAUGGGAGGGCUGUACCUGUGGUGUUGGGGGGGGGAGCAGUUUGAAGAGAAGGUCAUGAGUUGGGCCCAUAUGGCCAAGGGGACAACAAAGAGGCUGUUCCAGGCAGGAACAGCAUUGUCAGAGGCGUGUUCCCUCUGGGGGCUUGGACACCAAGGACAGGAAGAAUUUGGAUUUUCUACCGAGGGCACUGGGAGCCACAUAAAGUAUGGGGCUUGGAGGGGCAUGGACAGCUCAUGGGCAGGUAUGAAGGGCUGGGGUGGCCCUACCAAUGUGGGGUCGGAGAUGGGGGUCUGUGUGUCCACCUAGGGCUUUCCUAUUUACACAGUUACUGGCACAAGCAGAGAGAGGCAAAGUCUGAGGUAGAGUUAGGAUUCGAGCUCUAGGAAAGGGAUUUACCCGGGAGUGUGAAUUUGCUGUAAAAUGAGGAGCCGUGGAGGGUGUGUGAGUAGGGGAGGGGCUUGAUCUAGUGGGCAAGGGGCUGGCACCAGAGGUCACUUGAUCAGCCAGCCUUUCGCGGGAGGUCUUUGCCAUGGCCACAGGCCCUCUGGAUUGCCAGCUGUAGCCCUGUUCCGCAGAGGAGGAAACUGAGGCCAGAUGGGCGUGGGAGAAACAGCUGCUGGGGAUGCCAACACAAUGGGCAUAGUGGGAGGCAUGUAGGCAGCACAGACCGGGGAUGAUGGGCAGCUCCUUUACUAACUGUGUGCAGAAGUGUCCCCGGCACACAUGAUGGGGGGAGCUUGUGGACACAGCAUGUUAGCCUAUGGUGCAUGAGACCGUGGCUUCAUCCCCACUCGGGUCCCCAGACCUAUGGGACCUCGAAUUCCUCCCAUGCAGGAGGCUGUGUUUCCUGUAUGUGGCUCAGGCUAAGCACCUGAGGAUGAUGGGUAACCUCUCUCAUCCUCAUCUACACAUAUGACCCCACAGCAGAGCCUGUUCUUUAGCCUCAGAAUAAGUCCAGAAUCCACCCACUUUACUCCACAGCCCCACCCUGGUCCAGGCCUGUGUCCUCCCCUCCCAGACCCUGUUACAGCCCCUCACUAGCCUCCUGCCGCCUCCACUCCUGCCCCCCAACAGCUUCUGUUCCUCGUGGCAGACAUGGGGGGCGGGGUUUACAGACAUAGUCCAGAUCACACCCUCCCGCUGCUCACACAUCCUCCAUGACUCCCUGUUGCUGCUGCAGUAAAACUGCACUCCUCCCUGUAGCCCACAAGGCCCACAUGGUGAGUCUUGCUGGCAUCUUCCCCUCAGUCCUGCUUCAGGGCCUUUGCGUGAGCUGUGCUCCCUGCCUGGGAUGCUCUUUCUCCAUGGCUGGCUCCUCUUCCUUCUCGAUGUCUCACUGCUGGCUGCAGUGUCGCCUCAGAGAGGCCUCCUGGCUAAAGUCGUCCUUUGCCAGCCUUACCCCUGCGCUUUUCCUUCCUCAACUUCAGUGUGUGAAAUUAACUUGUUCAUUUAAUUGUUUCCUGUUCACUCUCUACCUCCCCUACCAGACUGGGGACUCCUGGGGGCAGGGAUUAUUUGUGGCCCGCAUCCCCAGGGUUCAGUACAAGGGCAGACACACCGUAGGUGCUCAAUGUUUGUUGAGUGAAUGAGUGGCCAGAUAUGGGUUGUUUGAGCCCCAGUCUGGGGGGCGUGGAGAGCAGGCCUGGGGAGACACUCAGCAGGUAUCUGGGCCACUGCGUGUGGGCCACCUGAAGGAGACACGGGGCUUGGAGGCAGCAAGGCAGGGAGUCUGAGAGAGACUUGAGAAGCAAAAUGGGUGGCAAGAUGGAUGGGCAGGGUUAGGGCUACACAUCAGGUAGCAAGACCCCCUGUACGCCUCAGUUUUCUCAGAUGUGGGGUCUGGGCUCCAGGCCAGUCCUGCCUCGGCCGGUUCCCAAAGCGUUGUGUGGCCUGUGGAGGGUCCACCUUCAGGGUGACACUGUCCCUGACUUCCUGGGGCUGUCAUGAAAGGAGGAAGCAUUAAUUCACAGACAUUCCAUAGUGAAGAUGAACUGUACCCCCAGCUCUGUACCAGGCACUUUCUGUGCCUCUGAUUUUAUUACAUUUUUCACAAAGGGACAUGUGUAUGUGGGGAACCAGAGGCCUGGAAGUUUGCCUAAUGCUAACGUUUAUCGAACGGUUACCAGGCACUCUUGGGAGGCACAGUGUAAUCUUCAUGUCAGCCCCAUCUUCCUCCCAUCUUACAGUUGAGAAUACUGAGGCUUGAGAAGUUAAAUCAGGCAUCUGAUUCCUGAUAGUAGCCAGGCUGAUGGCCUUUCCCGUCGUACAGACAGGAAGAGCAUAUCAGAUGCCCUGACUCAGUUUGCUAAACACACCCUCUGUGCCAGUCCAGUGCUGGAAGAUGCUGGGACCUCAAGGAGCCCAAGCCUGGGGAAGACAGAGCUGGACAGACACAAGAGAAGACCUCCUGAAGGAGGGGACGCUGGAUUUUGCCAGGCAGGAAAGGCAUCCCAAGAAGUACAGCCAGCGUGGGUGCAGUAGCAUGAGCUGGGCCAGGCUGCUGAAUGGGUCUUGAGUGCCGCACUCAGGAGGGGUUAGCGCCGAGGUAGGGCAGAAAGGGGCGCGAUCGGAUUUACAUUUUGAAGGAAGGGAGCCAACUUCGAAGGUCCUACAUCCAGGUACCGCCAACGCCCCGCCCCCGCCGCCCGCAACCCUGGCAACGCCCCGCCCCUCCGCCCGCGGCCAUGGCAACGCCACGCCCACCAGCCAGCACGCGGGUUCGCAGGUCUUGCUUCCGCGUCGCUCGCCCCACCCCGCCAGGCCAGGCCCCGCCCCCGCGCUGUCCUGGGCGGGGUUCCAGGCCUCGCUCCCGGCCUCGCGCUUCCUCCUCGCCCCCCACCCCCAGCCCCGCGGCGCGUGCCCCGCCCCUCACCGCGGGGCUCCCGGGGCAGAUAACGCCGUGAAGGUUCGCGUCCCGCCGCCGCUGGUUGCGCCCGCGCGCCUCUCGGGCCUCUGGCGGCGGCGGCGGCGGCACAAAGGGAAGCAGCAUGUCCGAUCCUAGCUACUGGACGGCGGUGGCGGCGCCCGGCCACCGGAGCCGCCUGGCCAAGGGCGCGCUGCUGCAGCGCUCCAAGAGCUGCCGCAGCGGGAACCGCAAGAGCCUGGUGGUAGGAACGCCCUCGCCGACCCUUUCCCGGCCCCUGUCACCCCUGUCCAUCCCAACAGGCAGCAGCCCCCUGGAUAGUCCUCGGAACUUCUCAGCUGCAUCUGCUGUCAACUUCCCUUUUGCCCGGAGCCACAUCCCGAGCACAGACAGGGCCGACGGCAGAAGAUGGUCCCUCGCAUCCCUCCCGUCUUCUGGCUAUGGAACCAACACGCCCAGCUCCACUGUCUCGUCGAGCUCAUCCUCCAGGGAGCGCCUCCACCAGCUUCCUUUCCAGCCGACGCCGGACGAACUAUGCUUCCUGUCCAAGCAUUUCCGCAGCUCAGAGAGCAUGGUUGAUGAGGAGGGCGGCCACCACUCACCUCGCCUUCGGCCCCGCUCCCGCAGCCUCAGCCCUGGACGCACAACAGGGGCCUUCGACAAUGAGAUCGUCAUGAUGAAUCACGUGUACCGGGAGAGAUUCCCCAAGGCCACAGCACAGAUGGAGGGCCGUCUGCAGGAGUUUCUGGCCGCCUUCUCACCCGGCGCCCGGCUGGCACUGGCUGACGGCGUCCUGGGUUUCAUCCACCACCAAAUCAUCGAGCUGGCCCGCGACUGCCUGGCCAAGUCUGGAGAGGCUCUUGUCACCUCCCGCUACUUCCUGGAGAUGCAGGAGAAGCUGGAGAGGCUGCUGCAGGAUGCCCAUGAGCGCUCAGACAGUGAGGAAGUUGGCUUCAUUGUCCAGCUUGUCCGGAAGCUGCUGGUCAUCAUCUCACGGCCAGCGAGGCUCCUCGAGUGUCUGGAGUUUGACCCUGAGGAGUUUUACCACCUGCUGGAGGCUGCCGAGGGCCAGGCCCGCGAGGGCCAGGGCAUCAAGACGGACCUGCCGCGGUACAUCAUUGGGCAGCUGGGCCUGGCUAAGGACCCCCUCCAGGAGACGGUGCCUCUGAGUCACCUUGAUGACAGUGGAGGACAGCCCCCAGCACCAGCACCAGCACCGGAGUCCCCAGAAAGUCGUGCCCUGGUCGGCCCUUCACGGAGGAAGCCCUGUGAGAGCGACUUCGAGACUAUCAAACUCAUUAGCAAUGGGGCCUAUGGGGCCGUCUACCUGGUGCGGCACCGGGAAACGAGGCAGCGCUUUGCCAUCAAGAAGAUCAACAAGCAGAACCUGAUCCUUCGCAACCAGAUCCAGCAGGUCUUCGUGGAGCGUGACAUCCUCACCUUCGCUGAGAACCCGUUUGUGGUCAGCAUGUUCUGCUCCUUCGAGACCCGGCGCCACCUCUGCAUGGUUAUGGAGUAUGUGGAAGGCGGCGACUGUGCCACGCUCCUAAAGAACAUGGGCCCGCUGCCCGUGGAUAUGGCCCGCAUGUACUUCGCCGAGACGGUGCUCGCGCUGGAGUACCUGCACAACUAUGGCAUCGUGCACAGGGACCUCAAGCCAGACAACCUGCUCAUCACCUCGCUCGGCCACAUCAAGCUAACUGACUUCGGCCUGUCUAAGAUCGGGCUCAUGAGUAUGGCCACCAACCUCUACGAGGGCCACAUCGAGAAGGACACUCGGGAGUUCGUGGACAAGCAGGUAUGCGGGACGCCUGAGUACAUCGCCCCCGAGGUGAUCUUCCGCCAGGGCUACGGGAAGCCAGUGGACUGGUGGGCCAUGGGCGUCGUCCUCUACGAAUUCCUGGUGGGCUGUGUGCCAUUCUUCGGAGAUACCCCUGAGGAACUCUUUGGCCAGGUGGUCAGUGAUGAGAUCAUGUGGCCAGAGGGGGAUGAAGCCCUUCCAGCUGACGCCCAGGACCUCAUCACCAGGCUGCUCCGACAGAGCCCCCUGGACCGUCUGGGCACUGGAGGCACCCACGAAGUAAAGCAGCACCCCUUCUUCUGGACACUGGACUGGGCGGGGCUUCUGCGACACAAGGCCGAGUUUGUGCCGCAGCUUGAAGCUGAGGACGACACCAGCUACUUUGACACGCGCUCAGAGCGUUACCGUCACCUGGGCUCUGAAGAUGACGAGACGAAUGAUGAGGAGUCAUCCACGGAGAUCCCCCAGUUCUCGUCCUGUUCCCACCGGUUCAGCAAGGUCUACAGCAGCUCUGAGUUCCUGGCCGCCCAGCCCACCCCAACCUUUGCUGAACGGAGCUUCAGUGAGGACCGGGAGGAAGGGUGGGAGCGCAGCAGUGAGGGGGACUAUGGGCGCCGGCUGAGCACCACCGAGGUCCGGCUGAGGUCCUGCACAUCCUCCGGUUCCUCCUGCCACUUACCCUGUUCCCAGCCUGAGCGGGGCCCUAGCCCAUCUUUCCUGAACACCAUCAACCUGGACACGAUGCCCAAAUUUGCCUUCUCAUCAGAGGAUGAGGGAGUCGGCCCAGCUCCUGUGGGCCCCAAAAGGCCCGUCUUCAUUCUGGGGGAGCCCGACCCACCCCCAGCAGCCACCCCAGUGUUGCCCAAGCCCUCAAGCCUUUCUGCUGACACAGCUGCCCUCAGCCACGCGCGCCUACGAAGCAACAGCACUGGUGCACGACACUCUACGCCGAGGGCCCUGGAUGCCGGCCGGGGCCGCCGCCUUGGGGGCCCGAGAGACUCAGCCCCUGAGAAAUCCAGGACCUCCCCCAGCGGGGGUCGCGUGCCCAAGUCAGCCUCAGUGUCUGCCCUGUCGCUCAUCAUCACGGCAGAUGACGGUAGCGGCGGCCCCCUCAUGAGCCCCCUGUCCCCACGCUCGCUGUCCUCAAACCCGUCGUCACGCGACUCCUCUCCAAGCCGAGACCCUUCCCCCGUGUGUGGCAGCCUGCGGCCCCCCAUUGUCAUCCACAGCUCGGGCAAGAAGUAUGGCUUCAGCCUGCGGGCAAUCCGCGUCUACAUGGGUGACAGUGACAUCUACACCGUGCACCAUGUUGUGUGGAGUGUGGAGGAGGGAAGCCCUGCCCAGGAGGCAGGCCUGCGGGCCGGGGACCUCAUCACCCACAUCAACGGGGAGUCGGUCCUGGGGCUGGUGCACAUGGACGUCGUGGAGCUACUGCUGAAGAGUGGCAACAAGAUCGCCCUUCGGACCACGCCCCUGGAGAACACCUCCAUCAAGGUGGGCCCUGCACGGAAGAAUGUGACCAAGGGCCGCAUGGCGCGCAGGAACAAGCGGAGCCGAAGGCGGGAGACGCAGGAGCGGCGGAAGUCGCUCUUCAAGAAGAUCUCAAAACAGUCGUCCGUGCUGCACACCAGCCGCAGCUUCUCUUCCGGCCUCCACCACUCCCUGUCAUCCAGUGAGAGCCUCCCGGGCUCACCCACCCACAGCCUCUCCCCCAGCCCCACCACGCCCUGCUGCAGCCCGGCUCCCGAUGCCCCAGCAGACACAGUGUCUCCACCCAGCGCAUCCCCAAGCUCCAGCAGCCCUGCAUCUCCGGCUGCCGCUGGCCACACCCGACCCAGCUCCCUGCAUGGCCUGGCCACCAAGCUUGGGCCACCCCGCCCCAAAGCCGGCCGCCGCAAGUCCACCAGCAGCAUCCCGCCCUCCCCGCUGGCCUGCCCGCCCGUGCCAGCGCCCCCACCCCGCUCACCCUCGCCCCUGCCAGGGCACCCGCCUGCGCCUGCCCGGUCCCCAAGGCUGCGCCGAGGCCAGUCGGCUGACAAGCUGGGUACAGGUGAGCGGCUCGACGGGGAGCUGGGGCGCCGCAGCCGCGGGCCAGACUCCGAGCUGGUGGUCAUGCGACGGCUGCAUCUGUCCGAGCGCCGAGACUCAUUCAAGAAGCAGGAGGCUGUGCAGGAGGUGAGCUUUGAUGAACCACCUGAGGAGGCCACUGGGCCACCCACCUUGGUGCCGCAGAUCGCCGUGGAGGGCGCUGAGGCUGUGCCAGGAGCCCUUGGACCCUCUGAGAAAGACUAAUCCCUCCUACCUAUCCUCUCCCUGGCCUGGAAGUCAACGCAUUUUUUGUGGAAUGUGUUUUCCAUAAAUUGACACCUGGAUGGAGACUGAGCCACCAGCCUCUGACACCUGGAAGAUGAGAAGCGAUCACGUUUCUUGCUGGAAGGUGCCUCCCUCGUGUUCUGGAGCCGAUCAAUCAGGGGGCCGUAGGGGCAGGCAAGGGAGACUAGGGUGGCAUUGUAAAUAGCAGCAAAUCCCUGCAGCUAAUUUAUUACGUUUCAUAAGCGAUAGCCAGACUGAGCUGCCACUGUUAAGGCAGCUGCCCAGGUCUUGUCCCAUGCACUUGGGACCCAUCUGUAGACCCUGCCCCCUGGGCUGAGAAGGAAGCACUUUGGACAAGUCAACGUGUAUUCGUGUUUUAUGGUUUUUCUGUACUUUUAAAGUUUUUUUGUGUUACUUGAUCCCACCCCUGACUCAAGACCCGCAGAUUUGAAGGGAUGCAGUCAAGCUUACCUGUCCAGGCCCAGUUUGGAUGACUUGGAGAUUCCGUAAACAAUUCCCCUCCACCACAAAACAAAGUAAUCUUGAUGAUGGACUGGAUUCUGAAGGCUACUUCCUACCAUCAUAGCCUCCAUCCCUAGGCCAGCCAUGCUAGAGUCUGCCUCCAGUCCUAUAGGCUUAGGAGGUGUGGGAACUGGGGCUUUGAUAUAUGAGUAGAAGUUCACCAGAUCUAGGCAGAGGGGUCACCUGCGUCACAAGCAGACACUGAUGCCCCAGGAGGCAGAGGCCUCAAAGGACACUGCCAGGGUAGGAGAAGACCCUGGACAAGAUUUUUUGUAUUUGAUGCGCACCAGGGUGAGAACUUGACCAUGAUGUGUCUGAAACAGCCCCUGGGGGGUGCCCUCGAUAUGCCAGAGCCUUGUAGGGCUGAAAUUCGAGUGAGAAAAAUCCAACUGGGGGGCAGUGAGGCCCAAGUUGGAAUCUUGGCUUCACUGUUUGGCUCUGGGAAAAUGACUUCCCCACUCUGUGCCUCAGUUUCCUUGUGUUUACAAAACAAAUCCCAAUGACUAUUAAGCACCUACUGUAUGCCAAGCGCUUUACUUGUGGCUUUUCCCUCAGCCAACCUUGAGAAGGCUGGAGGUGGUGUCGUCAUCCCCAUUUUACAGACAAAUAACUAAGGCCUGGCAAGGCGUGGAGACUUGCCCCCACCAUUGCCUGGAAAGAGUCAUGCAGCCAGGCCCUGUCCUGGGCAUUGUAGUCAAGGGAGCUGGAAUGGAGAAUCUGUUGUCAGAUACAGCCGACUCCAGCUCCAGCUCUCUCCCCUGUAAUGCUGUGUGACCCACUGGGCAUCUCAGAGUCUCCAUUUCCCAUUCAGAGGUGGCCAGCAAGAUCACCGUACCCCACAAUGGUGAGGGCACUUUCCAGGCACUGCAGCCCACUCUGUGUUCUCUCUGGAGACAUCCGUGCAGCACUGCCUGGUGUUGAAACUAGAUCAAGGCUGUGCAUGACUUGCUCCCGCCUUCCAUCCCGGAGCUGACGGUGAAUAAAAGCCCACAUUUACAAAGAA